GCUAUGAAAGAAGCGUAAUCGUUAUACUUGAAAGAAGUUUGCGAGCUCCGAAAAGAGUGAAAAUUCGAACGAAAGUGGAGGCUACCUUUAGAUAAUUUAGACGAAAUACUCGAUGUUUACUAGGAAUUAAUUUGAUGACCGAAUUCAGCGAAUAUUUUUCAUCAUGACAACUGUGAAAAUUCAUGGUGGAAUUGACAUUUUACGAUUACCUGUCAACCAAGACGAAUGCAUCUUUCCACCGUGGCACAUUAAAUACACGCAGUCUCACAUAUUACAUUCUAAAUGUUCCAAAAGUGAAAAUGGCUGUAGUGCUGACGAUACAAAUGCUUGCCAGUUUUGCAUUUUCAGUCAUACCUUAGACCUGCCACACAUGCCAGACAUGGUAUUUCCAAACAAUAUAUUACUCCUAAAGCAUCAAAGCGGUGCAGAACUACAAUUCAAUGCUCUGGAUGCUUUGAAAACUGUUUCAAAUGGGAAAGUUAACGUGCAACUCGCGUGUGCGGAAGCAUGGAAAGAAUCUAGGUUGGAGAGCAGCGAGUAUCUAGAAGAAAAAGUAAAGCCAUUCGAUUGGACGUUUACUAUUUCUUACACGGGUACAGCGUCUAAUUUAGAAGUUCAAGAAACUAACGAACGGAUCGAUAUGGAUAAAUUGAAGAGAAGAGAGAAAAUCCUGUUUUAUCACGAUUUAACGUUAUUCGAAGAUGAACUUCACGACAACGGUAUCGCGGUUUGUUCCGUGAAAAUUCGCGUUAUGCCCAGCAGCUUUUUCAUUUUGUUAAGAUAUUUUUUGAGGAUCGAUAACGUAAUGAUAAGAAUUAACGAUACUCGGAUUUAUCACGAGUUCGGGCAAGACUAUAUGUUGAGAGAGUACACGACGAGAGAAGCCAAGGUUGAAGAGUUACGCGUUCCACCUUCGCUCUUCAUAGAGCCGAGCGAGAUAGCUCCACAUUUACCUUUAACUGGAAGCUACUAUCAUAAAUUAAUAAUUCCCUCGAGUAAAACGGAACCGGUCACGAACAAUGAAUCAGUCAAUGCAACAAUAACCGAUGGUCAAGCUGUUAGCACCAGUACAAAUAAAACAGACAAUUCGGUUACUUAAAAGUUGCAUCAACGCGGGAAAUAUCAGUCCAAGAUAAAUAAUAACCGAACAACUAUUGAUAAAAUGAAACGUUUAAAGAAUUUCAAAAGUAAUAGAACAAUUCAAAAGUUGCUACGUGAUUCACUGGAAUAUCAUAAACGCUUUCAUUGUAUUAUGAUUCCACAAAAUUUAGUCAAAAAAUUUGAAAUUUGCGAUAUUUAAUAUACAAAUAGAGCAUACAAAUGUUGUUUUAUUGUUCACUUCUAAAUAAAGGCUUUUUAAAUAUAA